AUGCCUUUGAAAGUCAGCUGUACUACUCCAAUCAAGUAUGCUGUUGGAGACCUGUGCAAGAACAGUAAUGGUGGUGGCCUAGGGCAUGGUGCAACAAAUGGCUCUCCAUCUAAAAUAGAGAAUAACACAAAUCAGAUUUCAUACAGUCAGUCAAACACUUCUAGUCAGUCUCUGUGUGGUAAACAAGACUUCAGACACCAGAAUUUGAGUGAAACUAAUGUUUGGGAUGGCAAGAAAGACACACUACUAUCAACACAGAACAACUUAGAUAACACUUCAGGAUCAAUGGGGAAUCAUAUUACGGACAAUAUGGGGAGUCGAGGUAGUGGUAAGGGCUGCAGCAAAUCAUUCUCUCGUAUCUCAAAUGUUCGCAACCAUGAGAAAACUUGGCCAGAAGAACGCCCAUACAAGUGUACCACCUGUACAAAGUCUUUCUCUUAUGCCUCACGUCUCCGUAUGCAUGAGGCAAUUCACACAGGGGAACGUCCAUACAAGUGCACCACCUGUAACAAGGCAUUCUAUCGAACCUCACAUCUGUGUACGCAUGUGCGAAUUCACACAGGGGAACGUCCAUACAAGUGCACCAGUUGUAAGAAAUCUUUCCAUUCCAGAUCAGGUCUCAUUAAGCAUGAACGAAUUCACACAGGGGAACGUCCAUAUAAAUGCGCCACCUGUAACAAUGCUUUCCUUAAUGCGUCAACUCUCCGUACGCAUGAGCGUAUUCACACAGGAGAACACCCAUAUAUAUGCACCACCUGUAAUAUGGCAUUCUCUUUUGCUGGGAGUCUUAAGAGGCAUGAGCUUACUCACACAGGGGAACGUCCAUACAAAUGCUCUACCUGUAACAAGGCAUUCUCUCAACUCUCAAAUCUCCAUAAACAUGAGCUAUUUCACAGAGGGGAAUGUCCAUACAAGUGUACCACCUGUAAGAAGUUGUUCAGGUAUGUCUCAAAUUUCCGUAAGCAUGAGCGGACUCACACAGCAUAA